UUUCAGGAGAAAAUAGAGAAAUAAUGUCUUGAUCAUGUGACUAAGCACCUUGAAAUUAUUUCAGGAAAUACGAUGAAAAUCUUAUUUAUAUCUAGAAGGUUGAAUGAGUAAAUGCUGUAUACGUUCACGUCUUAAUUGGUUACACGUGCUAUUGUAAAACAACUAAAAAUAGAUUUGUCGUGAAAAGAGCGCUGCCAACUGUCUAAUACUUAAAAAAACGUAUGAAAUUGUUGACCCUGUAUAAUCAUACCUAUCAAUAUUGCAACAAUUUGAUUUGUUCAGUUAUUUUAGGGCACCAGUAACACUUGAUCAAUGAUACAUUAUAAGCAAUUACGAGUACCUACAGUUGUUUUUUUUAGCAGGAGUGGUAAUGUGUCCGUAAAUUAUAUUAAACUUCAUAAUGACAAUAACAGCGUGUUAGUAAACAGGUAGUACCUUUUGAAAGUAAAAUUAUUGUAACCCAUUAAAUCGAUCGAAUAAUGUUCAAGCAUAAAAUCGAAUAUUACUUAAACUAGAACUAGUAGAUUCUUACUGCCCCUCAGAUAGUGGUGAAUUUAACAAUCUGUCAAAAAGGGCAACUUAGCACGGACAGAGUAUACUCUGUAGUCUGUCAUGAUCUGACAGAAAUUGAGAAAUGUCAGUGUCAUCAGCUGCUAUGAUUGUGAUCCUAAUUGCAGACGAUUGAUGAAAUUGACUUGUUGUAAUAAAGAUAUCAUCAUAUCUCUGAAUAAAUACUGUAACACACUAUUUAUACCAUAAAUACUAAGCGGUAAUGGUAAGGUAAGAUACUAAAAGGUAAACUAAAAAUGUAUUGAUCGAGCUACUCAAACCUAGCUUGAAAGCAGAAAGCAUGUUUGAGGAAAAAUAUUUAAAAUCUGAAGAGAUGGUGUCUGAUAUGUAUACCGAAAUAUUAAUUUAAAACUAUGAUGAGCUAAAAUAUUAAGUGCUGUCGAUUCUUUACUAUGCUCUAAUUAUCCACAUUAAAUACAGCUCAAUAUGUCCAGUAACUCUUUAUUGUUUUCAAUAAACAAUGAAGGAAAAGUGUACGCCUUAUCAACAAGUGGGUCAUGUUGGAGAGAAUUUAUGUAUUUGGGCUUAGAAUUCAAAACAUUGUCUGCUGUUCCACAUUUCCUAUGGGCUGUAGGAGGAGACAGACAAAUUUAUCUUCAUGUACAUGGCUUAGAGAUACCUAUAAGAGUCAAAGAAGAAUCUUAUGAAAAUGAAAGGUGGUUGCCACUUGAAGGUUUUAGUGGAAGGCUUCUCCCUACUGAUAGAUAUCACUUUUCUUCCCAAGAUGGUACCAAAGACAGAUCUAUUGAUCGCAUUAGAUUGCCAUCUAUGGCUUGGCAAUGGGAAGGUGAUUGGCAACUGGAGCGCACUUUAGAUGGCCAACCACUAGAUCAUGAUGGAUGGACAUAUGCUGUGGAUUUUCCAGCACAAUUUGGACCAACAAAACAAUGGAAAUCUUGUGUGAGAAGAAGAAAAUGGAUAAGGUAUAGAAAGUUCAGUGCUAUGAACUCAUGGUGUGCUAUUGCCCCCUUGCACAAAGACCCAACACAAGAGCCUUUCAUAGAUGUUAGUAUUGGUGGCAAUCAAAUCCCAUAUGCUUCUCCAGGAACAUUAUCAGUUUGGGCUAUAACUGCACAAGGCCGAGUUAUGUAUAGGGCUGGAGUCAGUACAACAUCUCCAGAAGGUUUGAAGUGGAUCAAUAUUAGCAUACCACCAAAUUGUGAUAUAAAACAAAUCUCAGUUGGACCUUCAGGACUAGUUUGGGCUCUUUUGUGGACAGGAAGAGCUAUAGUAAGAAAAGGUAUUACCAAAGACUGUCCUACAGGAGAGGCGUGGAUGGAAGUUAAAUCUCCAAAUGAAACUAAACUACAGUCUCUGUCUGUAGGAUUUAAUGCUAUUUGGGCUGUGAGUUCUGACACUAGAGUGUGGUUUAGAAAAGGUAUAGAUGGAAAUACUGCUGGCAACUCUGAAGGUGCUGCUAUGGGAAGUGGGUGGCUUGAAAUUACAGGAAAUAUGAGCUACAUAUCAGUUGGUAUAAAUGACCAAGUGUUUGCUAUAGGUGAUUCAGAUAAGUGCAUUUAUUGGCGCAGUGGUAUAACUGCUGCUGAGCAAACUGGUAAAAGAUGGAGAAUGGUGCAAGCUAACAUGCAACUCAGCCGCACAUCUAGCUCAGCUAGUGUUGUCUCAUCUUCUUCUAAUGCCAAACACCAUAGCUUGACCAUGCUCAAUGAAUCUAUUACAGAACGAAAAUCUAAUAUUAAUUUGCACAACUCCUGGGAGGAGUCCCACUCAGCACCAAUUGAACACACAUUACCUAUAAAACCAAAAGAAGCCCAUAAAAAACGAAAUGAAAAUGUGGAAAACAUUGAUUACACAGGAAAAAGUUAUGAAACAACAUUGAAAAAUCCUAGAGCUUGGAGCCCUGUCCGAAGUGUCGGCUCAGUUGUGGGCAUGGAAGCCCAGCCAGACAGUGAUAGUAGUGUAUUUGAUGUUGAUUCAGGAAUGUUUUUUGAUGAUGAAGUGAGUCAAACAGCUUGGGGUACUUGUGAAACUACUUGGGCUUUUGUAGAAGCUGGAGCCUGUUCUGUAGAUGUUAUGCAGGUGCCCCAUUGGUUUACAGAUUCUCAUAAUGCAUUUAACAUGGAUCUCUCUUCUAAAUGGAGACUCCAGAUUUUGGACGAUCUUAAAAUUAGAAACACUAGUCAGACCUUAGAUUUAUCUAACUAUGGUGUAGCAGUAGAGGAAAAGGGUUGGACUCGAAGCUGUGAAUCAAGAUUAAUUAAUACUAAUAAUUCCAGUGAAGAUUGUAUUUUAUCUUUAUAUUGGCAUGACUUAGAAAAUAUAGGCACAUUAUCUGUUUUUCAACCAGAUGGUACCAUAAAAUUUAUUUUAAACUUAGGAGAAGUAACCAGUGUGGUAACUACAUCAGAGCCUGGGUGCCCUAGAAUAACGCUCACAGUUCCACGCCAGAAAAAUAGUAUCAUUAAAGUCCAAUUUAUAUCAGAAAUGGAGCAAGAAGAAUGGUUUAAUGUUUUAGUGGACAUUACAUCACAAAUUAAUGGACUUACUAGUAAACCAUCGCCAAACUCAGUUUGGGCUGUAGCUGGCUCAGGAGAUGUCCUUAAUUGGGAUCCCAUGCCAACAAAACUAAACACUGAAAAGAAUGGAAAAUAUAUCAAAGAACUUCAAGUAUUUGGAAAAGACAUAGUUUCUGGAUUGACAACACCUUUACAAAAUAACUUCCCCCCUGGAAGUACAUUGAAAAUCUCAGGCUGUUUAAAUGAUGAAUGUAGCAGAUUUUACAUCAACUUAGAAGGUCCAGAAGUAAGAAAGCAGAGACAUAAAAUAGAAACAGAAGUAACUGAAAUACCCCUACACUUUAAUGUAAGAUUUGAUCAAAACACAGUAGUGUGUAAUACCAAGAUAUUUGGUAGCUGGGGAACUGAAGAAAGACAUGAUUUACCACUAGCACCUGGACAAGAAUUUAUCGUAACUAUUAUUUGUGAUAUACAUUUUUAUAAAAUACUGGUGAACGAAAAACUAUAUUGCACAUUUGAACAUCGCCUUAGUCCUGAAACAAUUACAUCUGUUGCCGUAAAAGGACCUUUAAAACUAUUCACAAUGGAAUACUCCACAACAAAUGCAAUUAUUGGAUCUGAAGAGAUGUACUGGCGAAUAAUGGGAGGCUAUUUGCGUAGAGUUGAGUCUUGUCAGAUUGGAAUCGUUUGGGGAAUUUCACACGAUCACAGAGUGUGGGUGUAUACAGGAGGAUGGGGAGGAGGUAUUCUUAAAGGUAUAGGGAGCAAAGAAGGCAUCAACUCCAUGACAGAUACUCAAACUUAUUGUGUAUACGAAAACCAAAGAUGGAAUCCUCUUUCCGGCUAUACGUCUACCGGCUUGCCGACAGACAGAUAUAUGUGGAGCGACAUCACUGGAAAACAUAAAAGAACUCGGGAACAUACUAAAUUACUUAAUCGUCAUUGGCAUUGGAUAUCAGAAUGGAUGAUCGAUUAUAAUACGCCUGGUGGCGUUGAUGCUGAUGGAUGGCAGUAUGCAACUGAUUUCCCAGCACCCUAUCAUGGUAAAAAAAUAUUUACUGAUUGUGUCCGCCGACGCCGAUGGUACAGAAAAGCCCAAAUUAUUACUGAAGGCCCUUGGAUUCGAGCAGGAAGCACCGCGUUAUUAGAUAUUUCAUUAUGGGCUAAUGAUGAUGAAGUAUCUGUAUGGGCGAUAACUUUGGCUGGUGAUGCGAUUUAUCGAACUGGAGUUACCGCCACAACGCCCGCAGGUGUUCAUUGGGAGCAUGUAAACAAUCCACAAUCACUUAUAGCUAUUAGCACUUGCAAUAAUAUAGUUUGGGUAGUGGGACGAAAAGGCGAACUAUAUUACAGAGAAGAUAUUACGAAAGAAAAUCCGUCAGGUAGUAAUUGGAGAUUGAUCGAAACUCCGAAAUGUAACUACCCUUAUGGUCACAAGUCCAGUGCUGGCGCUAAGGCUUUGUCAUUGACCACUGCUGCAGCUUGGGUUUUACUCUCGAAUGGCACUAUUGCAGUAAGGACGGAGGUAUCCAAGGAGAAACAAGAAGGAAAGGAAUGGAAGUAUUUAUCAGAAUGUGAAACGACAUUCAAACACGUAUCAGCUACAAACAACGAAGUGUGGUCAGUAACUUCAGACGGCACAUUGCAGCGACGACUUGGAAUAACUGCUGAGAAUCCUAUCGGCUCUGCCUGGCAAACUGUGCUGUCUGGCAGCCUGGUUCAUGUGUCGGCAAGAGGGGAUUGUUUACAUUAAAACCAUCUUCGAAUACUUAGUACCAUUCCCAGAUCUCCCAGUUGUAUGUAUGAUAAUAUAUAUUAUGUAGAACACACAAAAUCGCUGAUUCAUUCUGCAUCGUAUUUCUCAUACUCCAUAUUACAUUGCUGAGGCCAUCUUUCUAUAUGACAUGGCUUGCCACUGAAAGAGUAUUAUAAAAUUAGUUUAGAUGGCGUUUACUAUGAUGUUAAGUAUAAGUCUAAUUUGUUCAGCUUAUAUGUUAUGGUCACGAAUUGCUGCUAAUCGGUAAUUACUAUAAGAAAAUAUAUGUAUUGCAUCUGCUAAACUUCUAACAAAAAAGGCGUAGCACGAAUUGCUGCCACUAGUAAUUUAUAAAACAACUAGGCAUUCCUUUUUGAUCUAGUAUUUUUUUAUUCUCCAAGUAUUAUAGAUAUCCUUAUCAAGCCUGUGCUGUUCGAAAGCCUUUCGAUAAUCAAGUAAGACUUAACACAUGUUCUGUGAAUAAUGUUUCUUUAACAUUGUAAAAUUAUUUUCCAACUGCCGCUCGAUAACGCACGAAAGUGUAAUACAUACGUAUUAGUUUUUCUGUCUAUAUAAAUAUGUAAUGUAUGCAGUGUGAAUUUUUUUUUUUUCAAUUAUCGGAUGGGUUUUUUUUUUAAUCCUGUUUUAGUAGAAUACCUGUAAAGACUAAAAGUACCUAAGAUUUUUUUUGAAUCUUUCACUAUUUCGGUAUUUUCGAACCUGACUGAUAUUUGUUAGUGUUAUUUUAUAUUUUUUGUGUAGCUACAUUCCAAAUUCUUUUGUUAAACAUAUUUACGUUUUAGAAAUAAAUAUAUUAAGUGAAAAGAUUUUAUUUUCUAGUCAUCACAGUGGUAUCUUACGUUAAUCUUAUGUAAAUCAAUAACACAAGAAUAAUCUUGCGCAAAGUUAAAAGGUACAUACAAAUAAAACUGCUAUAUAAUUA